AUGACUGCCAAUAUAUACAACCAACCCUCCAAACUCAUCCCCCUACGCACAUUCAAUGCUUUUCCCGCCCCUGGUCCGCUGUCGCCUCCCUCCGAAGACGGCUCUCCCAAGUUGCCCUAUACUGCAUGGGCGAGAUCCCCGCUAUCUAUGAACAUGGAGAGUUCUCCACACUCGGGCCACUCGUCCGGAUUGCCUGAUUUAAACACCCAAGACCCCUACCUCUCCGUUUCUUCUGACCCGGAGGAACAGGAAUUUCAGGCGAAUGCCAUUCGCUUAACCCCUGUGGGCGGGAGCCCAACCCCCGGAUACUCCCCACAUGACGGCAGCGACCUGUCGGGGCCCGGUCCCACCAUCCAGACUCAACUCUGGGCACCCGGAAACGAAUAUUCGACCACAAGCUCCUACACCUCACCAUCUAACGCAAGUGGCUUUUUGGUGCCCUCCGAGAUUGAUUUGAGUAACAACCCGGGCUGGUCCGAUGGAUGCCCCGCCCCCUUCGGGACGGGCACUUCUGCUCCAACUCAGCAAUGGCCAUCGGCGGACGUGGGUGCUUCCCACUGGCUUGAUCCCGAGCAAGCCAUGCCCGGUCCAGCGUCGGUGCAAAAUGAAGCGCCCGCGCCCAACCGCGCGACUAUGCAGGGGUCACUAGUGGGCGCUAACACAGAUUACAAGCCGCCCUGCCUUACUGUCUCAACUGAGCCUGCACCAGUCAAUGACCUGGGUUCGGCAUCUACGGCCCGAGGCAGAAGCCCUAUCGUUAUGGUAGAGAGCGUGUCGCGGGGCGACUCACCUGAUCGAGAAUAUACAUCUCACGGUCGACGACUGAGUCGGUCGACAAAUCAUCUCUCGCCUGGUGACAUGCAAGAUUAUGACGAUUCAGAUGGAGAGUUGGAAGAUGACCAUCGGUCUGUCUCGUCUCUCUCCGUCGCACGGACCAGUAAUGGAAAGUGGAUUCGUAAUGCCACGACCGGUCUCGGUGGCCUUGAUCCUUCAUCACGCGGCGAGGAGUAUGUUGCCAGUCCUAAUGAACUUAAGGGACAGCGCGAGCGCGAGCAGAAAAACGAGGAGAUCGGUGCUUGGUUAUCUAAAGCCAUCGGUCAGGUGGAUAAUGAUGAACCCCGUAAAAGGACCUUAAAACCAAGUAGUCGGGUGCGAGCUCGAAGCACAGGAGACCGUCCUUUGCAGCAAGAAGACUAUUUCAAUCUCCAAUUCCACACGAAUGGCGUACCUGGUCCUGGUGUGCUUGUACACGAGAGUGAGGGCUCUGAUGAUGACGAUGCAAGCGUUGGAUCAGAAGACAUUGGCUCUGAUACCUCCCCCGCUGAUGCUAAUGAUCCGGCCCGUUACGACCGGUCCACUCCUGAGAUAUAUUCUUCACUCGAGCGAUCAAAUUCAGAAAACACCACCUGCCUUUACCCAUGGCAUGAUGCUCCUCGCGACCCGACUCCACGAAAUGGAGGCAAUGCAGCCUGGAAGUUCGAACAGACCUUUGGCAGCUUGAGCCUUGACGACGAGCCGAAAUCGAAAGAGAAGCGGGGCAGCCUCUUUACGCGGUCUUUCUUCCAAGCCUCCCAAAGAAUCAAACGCCAGGCAUCUGAUCUUUCAACAUCCACCAUCAAUACCGCAAAUCAACCACCGCCGGUCAAGUCGCCUGUUGCAAAAGAAAGCUCACAUCGUCGACGGAUCAGCCUGACGCCACGGCAACACUCGCGUUCUCCAAGCCUUUCGAGUGCGCUACUUUCUAUGUCUGGGCAAAUCGCAGCCAUUGGAGGUAAUAAUGCAGUUCAUGCAGUAUCGCCCAAUGCCGAGUCAAACGCCAAGGGGGCUUUUACCCGAGACUUCAAAGCUCGAGGCCGAAGCAGAAGUGAACUUCCGCGCCCAGUCACACCUGGUUUGGCAGAUUUGAUGACCAACCACGGCGGACCGCCUGUUGCAAGCAUUUAUCGCUCUCCGAACCUCGAAGUUAACACCAAGCAAAUGAGGCCGGGUAUUGGGCCUGAGACUGACACAGCGGGGGCAGACGAUGAUGACGAUGACCAAAUGGAUACCGCUGAUAGCAGAGGGCUUGUGAUGGAUUUCCCUCCUGUGUCGAGCUUGCCAGUUCCGACGCUGGAAGGAUUUAAAGCGCAGAUCAUGCACCUUAAUCCGAGACUCGAGCCCGUGUUGAUCAAUCGCUUUGCAAAUGAGCAGAUUCGUCGAUACAAAAAGCUUGUGGAGCUUCAGCAGAAACACAUCGCUGCUGUUUCUGACGGAAAAUGUGGUGCUGGUCAAUUUUGUUUCGCUCUCGGUGGCAAGGAGACCCUGUUAGACCAAAGAAAGACGUCAGCUUCGUCCGAGUCUGGUCAGACUCAAUUCCGGGUGUCUGAUUUCAGUAACGGUCGCGAGCAGGCCUUUGCCUCCGGUGAAGGGUCUUUCCCUGCUACGCAUGCGGCUCAAUUCCCAGCGGGGGUGCCUCUUCCGCCGGUCAGCCACCUUCCUGCCCAGUUUGAAUGCACCAUCUGCUUCGAAGUGAAGAAAUUCCAGAAGCCCUCAGACUGGUCCAAGCAUGUCCAAGAGGAUAUUCAGCCGUUCACUUGUAGUUUCCCUCAGUGCAAUGAGCCCAAGUCCUUCAAGCGUAAAGCCGACUGGGUUCGACACGAGAAUGAGCUUCAUCGCCAGCUGGAAUGGUGGACAUGUUCAUAUGCCGAUUGCAACCACACUUGUUUCCGGAAAGAUAAUUUUGUUCAGCAUCUGGUUCGCGAGCAUAAACUGCCUGACCCCAAGGUGAAGAGGAGUAGAGGCGCCGGCGCAACGGAGCAAGACAUGGCUCGUUUGGCGAAACUCCUUGAAGACUGCCGCCAUGAGACGGAUCGAACUGCGGACUCGGAGCCCUGCCGGUUCUGUGGGAACAUAUGCGGGAACUGGAAGAAAUUGACAGUGCAUCUGGGGAAACACAUGGAGCAGUUAGCGAUGCCUGUUCUAGAACUUGCCAAGCAAAGCACAGCCUCCCCUGCCCCUGCAACAGUCGCCGGUGGGGCUCCUGGGGCACCCGCCUCGUUAUCUGCACCCUUCCAAGAGCAUCAGGAAGCCCCAGUGGUCUCCCCCUUGGCCCAGUCGCAGUUCCCUGCCACCGAUCCUCACGCGCCCAUCAACCCCAACCUCUCUUACGAAACGCCCAUGUUUGGCUACUCCAUUUCGGGUACUGCACUGUCCCAAGAGCCGGAGUCUAUGGACUCCUUUAAGCAAGCCGAUCAGUUCCCUGGGUAUGGCAUGACCCAAUUUGAUGAGAAUUCACUCCACCCGCAUCUCCCCCGCCAACCCAUCCACAUGAACUCCGUGACGUAUCCCCCACCAUAUAACUCCGUCCACCGGCCUAGGACGUCGGAAACAAACGUUCCCCUGAUGCACCCGUCCUACCCCCAAUUCCCUUCCCAAGCCUCGUCUCUUUACCCCGCAGAUGCAGGUUAUCCAGCAUACCAGGCUCCUGGGGCUCCAGACUCUUCGUAUAGCUCGGCCCACUAUAACUCAAGCUAUUCCUCGCAAAUGUGA